AUGGUUCAGGGGAAGGACAUUGCGCUCUGCCUUGUGGCAAUCGUGCUGCCACCGCUGGCAGUGUACAUCAACCAGAACAAGCUGAAUGGCGUGGUCUGCCUCAACCUGAUCCUCACCAUCUUCGUGUGGUUGCCUGGCGUCAUCCACGCGAUUUGGGUGAUUCUUAAGGGGCACAGCGUCAAGGCGGUGCGGGGGCUGGAAGACGCCACAGAGGCGUUGAUUCCCGACCUUUGA